CAGCUCCCAAGAUACGUUUUCGCUUCGUCUCGAAUCCUUCCACUUCCAGAACAUCCAUGAUGCACGUUUUGAGCUCUUUCUCGCGCGCGACGCGCAUGCGCACUACAGCCAAGAUGUCGAGUAGUGUAGAGAAGAGAAAGAGAAGAGAGUCAGCCAGUUGUGGUACUACCAUCAGCUACCAGUACCCCAGUGGUGGCGUGGAGGAAAUACUUCGACCAACUCUAGUGGUCAGUGGAGGACGUAGCUACAGGAAACUGACAGACGUGGAGUUUGGACGGCGAGGGAGAGAAGAGGUAGAGAGGCCGAGAGACUGGAGCCUUCAGAUGGGUUUGUGGAGGAGGAGGAGAAGGAGACAGUGUAUAGAGAUGAUGUGUAUGAUGAGGGGGAGGACUUGGAGACUGAGGUGGACGGAGUAGAGAGGCGCAGCAAUGGAAACUACAGACUGAAGCUGCCUGUGCCUUCAGUUUUCUUCAAGUAUAUCAUUGGGAGAGAAGUAAUUGAGGGUCCAGCCAAGUCAAAUGUGGCAGAUGCCAAGAGAAGAGUGGAGAUUAUUGUGUGGACCAACAGAGAGAAGGAGAAACCCACACACUUCAUCAGCAUCCCUCUCACUGUGCCCCACAUCAGGGACAGAGUCUCGCUGUUCAAAUCUUCUGUACUGGACUCCUGCAGAAGAAACAUCCAUGAUGCACGUUUUGAACUGACAGACGUGGAGUUUGGACGGCGAGCAGGCAGCAGGGAGAGAAGAGGUAGAGAGGCUGAGAGACUGGAGCCUUCAGAUGGGUUUGUGGAGGAGGAGGAGAAGGAGACAGUGUAGUUUAGUCUUCAGUUUUCUUCAAGUAUAUCAUUGGGAGAGAAGGUCGGAUCAAGAAGGGUAUAGAGAGAGACACAGAGUGUCACCUGUGGCUGCCUUCCAGGGAAUAGAAGGAGAUGUUGG